AGUUCACCAACACCAAUGGAUAGCCGCUAAGGACUCACGUGAGUGUAGUACUAGAUUCGGUCGUGUUUGUCUCGUCGCUCUCUUUUGGGGUUCGGCUGCUCCACAGAAAUCCGGUGGGCCAGUGUGUGCUCAAUGCAGGUUCUGUAGGCAGACUACCGUCAGACGUUUGUGCCACUCGGGCCGUGUGGGUCGUACAGAUUGAAGCUGUUGCGUUCGCCGAAUGGCGUAAAUUUUCCGUAUUAUCCGGAAGUAAAACUAGUAGUGUUUUACGAAACUUGGAAACCAAGGUGAUUCAACUUUGAGGUUUCAAUUUGUUUUGGACACGUGGAUUCCUGCAGCCAUCGGUUGGGAUUUGAAUGGGUGUUUAGUGCGAUUUGUGUAAUUUGUAUUGUGGUUCUACUACUGAAGAUAAAGUUCGCGUGAACGAAUAUUAGACGGGCGAAUUGGUUUCUGCCAAGUGUUUGUUUUACAUCGUUUAUAUUAGAAAAACAAACAGACACCGUAAAAGGAUGUCAAAUAAAAAUUUCCGGGGAAUCAUUACGAGAGUUGAAACAGAAGAAUAAAAGUUUUCGUGUUCUUAGGAAAGUGAAUUACAGUUUCUACUUGAUGUUUAAAGGUGUUUUUUUGCAAUCUCAAUUCGACUGGUCUGUGAAAUUUUCUAGGGAAAAAGGAACGGAAAAUCAAGCGAAGCGGAUAAAAAUUACUUUCCAACCUCUCUUGUCGAUAAAGUGGAGGCACAUGGCCUUCGUUACACUGACACAAACACAAUUUUAAGUUCAGCCUCGCUUAUCCCUUGGAAAGGGGUAAUAGGAAAACCGACAAAAAAUAUGCUUCCUCUUUUCAAGAGCAUUUGACUUCAAGUUGUUUGAUGUAGGCGACCCGAACCGGAUUCAAGUAGUUUUUCGUAGUAAGGAAAAAAAUCCAGCUGAUUAAAAGUAAACAUUCGCCGGUAAUGUGUAUACUGCUCAGCCCCACUGCGAUUCUUGCUGUGCAGUAGUCCUUGUCGAGACCUGUGGUUCCGAGUGGAGCGCCGUUAUAUUAAUUAGAAGGUGAAACGUGAACUGUUUGUCGUUGGGAAUAAAUUCCAGUGUCAGUAUGAACGUGACAGACACCGUUUAGCGUCAAAAGGCCAACUGAACAAGAGAAAAAUCUUGCUCUAAAGAUACCAUGUCGUGAAUAAUUUAUUGCAUCCCAGUGCUCUGAACUGUGGUGUUGCUGCCUGCCGGCAUCGUCAUCACUGUCUCCGAGAAAGCCAAUUAAUCAUAAUGUUAUUGGUCUUUAGUGGAUCGUUUCCGAGUUCUAUGUUCAGUCACCGGGUUGAACAAAUCCACGUGUGGUUGUGAAUACAAACAUUAUUCAAAUUUUUGUAGAUUUCAAGUGGGGGAUGAAUUUCUGCAGAUUCUGGCUAGCGCCAAAUUUAUGUGCAUCAAAUAUUUGCUGACCUAAAUCUAUCGCGAGUACGACUAAGUACACUAACCGGUGCGCCGGAUUUGCCGGUGCUAAGAAUUGGAAUAUAAAAUUCACGAGUUUGCUAAGUCUCAAGUGUGCUUGCUGUGUUCACCGGUGCUACGGUAAAAUAAAAUCUGCAUAAUAAAAAGUAAUAAAUUGUGCUUUGAAAGGUGAAAUUGAGCUCAGCGUUCCUUGUGCACAUUCUUAAAACCACAAGUGGGUGGUGUUUGCGCUAGAGUGGAACCCUCGUAAGAAAUUCUAAACCCGUUACGGUGUUGAAAGUUGGAAUCGAGUAGAAUUUUGUUGCAUGGAAAUAGCAGUGGUGUUUGGGGGAGAAAAUCGGUAAUAAAUUGUUUAUUCUGUCAUCCUUUUCUGCUUGCUGGCUACGGGAUAGUAAUCAACGAUCGUAUUAAAUGGAAAGUUAGCAUCCUGAAGCCGAUUCGAACAGAUCGUCAUGCACGGCGUCAAGCUAAAGGUGAAUUCGAGGAACAGCUUUUGAUGAAAAUUAUACCACCGGUGCUUUGGGAAAUGGCACAGCUGCCACCGCAGGAAUAUAUUAGCCAUCUGAAGCUUCUUCCGGAAAACGGAAAAAGCUCAACAGACUGAAGUUCAUCGUGCUCAGCCGGGGAAACGCGAAAGCCGGUGGAAACUCAAUCACGUGGAAGAAUAACAUAACUGAUCCUGUGGCUUCCCGGGCCUGCUGAUAGAGAAAUCGAUUUGAAACCAUCCGUGAAACACGAACCAAUAGGAAAUUAUUCCGUGCCAACGGCGGAAGCGGGUUCGAAAAGAGCUGAAGCAGGAUGUUCCGGGGUAAAUAAACACAAACAAUGUGUGAAAAGUUUCGAUUUUGAAAUCGGUUAGUGAGUAGGCACUCCGUUUCAUUGCAUUUUGAUGAAAAUUUUCUGGUCACUGGAGGAGAGUAUACAGUGGGAAAUACAUAAUGAAUUUCGAACAAUUUUACGCCGAAAGCAGGAGAUAACCGCAAAGCCUCCGGUGGAUUAGGUAGAGUAUAUUUAGCUUGGGUGCGUGCAUCGAAUAGUGUGUGAUAAUAGUGUAGAGUUGCAUAAUAUGCUAAUUCGCUUCGUUGAGCAUAAUGAAAUUUGUGACAUAUUAGGCGAUAAUUUGCCUCGUUUGCUUGUCGUGUAGCGUAAAGUGAGACACAUUAAUUUUCUAGCAACGGCUGCGUAAACGACAACUGGAAAAACUAAAUAAACCCCCAGAAAUGAGGAAUCGAAUACGGUUGACCAUGGACAUUUGGGUGUUUAUCAUCUACAUCAUAGAUAUCACCAGUUGUGGCAUACAGCAGAACCAUCCGAUCGAUGGUCAUAAAUCACUGUGGCCCGAGACCAGCACGUCCCAGCUGAGUGCGUACGUGGCCGCAGCUUCGACCUCCGGUGCGGGUGCUGGCCACCGGCACCAACAGCUCCAGCAGCAGAUACCGACCGGGGUUGCCGUGCCCCAGUCAACCGGCGUUGGCGCUGGGGCCUCCGGCAAAUGGGAAGAACCAUAUUUCGAUGAGACCACACCACGCAACGUCACAGCUCUGGUCGGCAAAUCGGCGUACCUCAGCUGCCGAGUGAAGAAUUUGGGCAACAAAACCGUAUCCUGGAUACGGCAUCGUGACAUCCAUAUUUUAACGGUCGGCAGCUACACGUACACCUCGGAUCAGCGCUUCCAGGCGACACAUCACAAAAAUACCGACGACUGGACACUGCAGAUCAAGUGGGCCCAGAAGCGAGACGCCGGGAUAUACGAGUGCCAGAUCUCGACGCAACCGGUGCGCAGCUAUUUUGUCACGCUUAGCGUUGUCGUCCCGACGGCGACCAUCAUUGGUGGACCGGAUCUACACGUUGACAAGGGCAGCACCAUCAAUCUGACUUGUGCUGUCAAAUACAGCCCGGAACCGCCGGCUUACAUAUUCUGGUAUCACCAUGAUGAGGUUAUCAGCUACGAUUCGAGCCGCGGCGGUGUGUCCGUUAUCACGGAAAAGGGCGACGUAACCACGUCCCACCUGCUGAUCCAGAAUGCCGACCUGGACGAUUCGGGCAAGUACAGCUGCUCGCCGUCUAACGCGGAUGUGGCCAGCGUUCGAGUUCACGUGCUGAACGUUCGGGCGGUUCUUUCAGGUGAACAUCCGGAGGCCAUGCAAACCGGAUCCGCUUUAAGUCCAGUCCGAAAUGGCGGUCCACCGUGUCUAUUGGUGCUUGCUUUAGCAACACUACUCACCAGCUGGGUGCUUCUGAUCCGAUGGCACAUGAAUGGUGUUCGUUUGGCCUUUCCACACGGUUGGCGAAGGCAACGGAAGCCCACUGCUGAUGAAGGUGCACUAGCAGCUGAAGUUGAGAUGGCUGAGUUGAUACCCUCCGGCAGCCAUUUUUCGGGGCAACUUGGCAGUUCAACACUUCAACAACGAAAAAAACAGAUUUCGUUGCAUCGAUUUCCUCAGAUAGUAAUGACCACCAGCGAGAUAUCAUUCAACAGCACCUGCCCUCAAAACCGGCUGGAAAGUGGGAGAUGAUAAACCUUCAACUCUGGAGGUCGCAAUCAUCCUGCCAAGCAGCAACCCACUGUAGCAUCCCACCCUGACUCAGCAUAGGCGUCAUCGUUGUGUCCUUUAAAGCAAAAAAAAAUCAAGAACAAUGUUCGAGUAAUAAAAAAACAUAGUGGAAAAAAACCGCCCAGUCGGCUCGCAAAUGUGUGGUACGAGUAAAUUCUGGGUUUCAGAUGCUCACAGAUACACUAUACAGCAUAUUUUCUACCGUUGCGAAGCACAAGCAGUGCGCAGUUUGUGCAGAGAGGAAAAAUGUAUAUCUUUCGGUUGCCUUCCCCCUGUGUGUGGGAGAAAAAAAGUUCAACCCCGAGCGAUGUAAUAAAAUAGAUGAAACACGAAAGGAACAAGUGUUUGCCAAUGCCUGCGUGCCCGUUGGGAUUAUUCGCAACAAUCGAAUCGAUUCGAUCCCAAAACCGAUUGUAAACAGCAGCACAGUCGAAAGGAAUGCGCUCGAAGAGACUGUGAUUACGGGUUUACUGAUGAUGAACCGUGAUUGAUGUGUAUAGGAACGGGGGUACAUAAAUAGGGAAUGAUUACUUUCGAUGCUGAUCAAUUUUUGAGAUGGUUUCCAAUCUUUUAACGUUUAAAGAAAAGUUAAGUUUCAUUACCCGCAACCGUACUGCGGGCUGAGACUUUUAGCAUUCACAAGCUUGUUUGUGGGUAUGGUAAAACGGCAACUCGCCCGCUAGACCGUUGCCAUACUAAUCUAAUAGAGCACAGAAGGGCCGCUUUGUAACAUGGAAUUAACUUUCAAUUCAAAAAAAAAAACUUGCGCAACUUAUUUUUCUAAACAUGUUUGUUUAUUUAAGUAGUGUAACUCAUUAACAAACCUCAUAAGAAAAACUCAGCUCCACAUCGCGCUGAUUUCCUGAUCCUCUGGGGUACUUACCUCAUAGCUUCCUGAAUUCCGGAUGUUUCAAUUGUUUCGAGCUUCUUCUUGAUUUUCCGACCAAACAAUCGACGUUUUUUGCUCUGUAACCUUGAUGGUAGACAGAAUCGACUGAUCGUUUUGCCAGUUAUAUAAAGGUGGAUCUUUAUUUUGUGGAAAAGGAUUUUUAGAUUUGUGCAGCACUUCGAAAUCGUAGACCAAUUUAAAAGUUGUUCGGAUGUUUUUCCUCACACGUUAUACCUCUUUACUAAAUGUUGACAUUCGAAAUUUCAAUAAAUCCGCUAAACGUAUUAAAAAACCGACGGCAGGACCGUCACUUUAGUUUAGACUACCGACAAACUAAAUUACUUUGUGGUUGAAUAUUGUUUCGAAAAUACGUCCCUAGAUAAAUGGGCAGUAUUUUGAUUUUCAUUCCUAACUAAACUAGAAAGAUCAAGCUCAGCAACCUUUGCUUGGGAAGUGAUGGUUUUAUUUACACUCGCUACCGUAAUUAAUUUUUCCUUCAAUUUCAGAUCUGGAUCAUCGAUUUUAUAUCAAGAUCAUUACUUUCAAACUUUGAAGAACAUUAUAAACGGAGUUUUCAAGAGGUGCAGUAGGACAAUCCAUCGAUUUUGGAAAUAUUUCAAGAAAUUGAGAAUCAAGACCUUUUUCUUGCCUGUUAUUAUUCAUUUUAAACAAGCUAAGUAUCACAUUUCAUUUGUUUUGUUUUCUUUUUUCCAAUUAUUUGCUGCCCUUCCAUUGUGCGCUUUCUUGCGCACAAUGGAAGUGGACGAAAAAAAUUCUAAUUCUGAGUCUAUUUCACCAAAACCUCCUGACCCUUCAUCCACGGUUUCUUCCAAUCCCCCGUGCAUCAAACUCUAUCCAGAUGGAUCACCUGGUUCAUUUAUGGUUUAUUUCCGACCUAAUAUGGAACCUUAAUCGAAGCUAUUAAACAUAAUUAAAAUUUCUAAGGACUUACAUUCGCAUUUAAAGGCCAUUGCUGAAAUUUCUAAGGUCAGACCCAACAAAUUAAGAGUUGUGGUUAAUGACCUUACUCAGGCUAACAAAAUUGCUUCUUCUGAAUUAUUUACUCGUGAAUAUCGUGCUUAUGUUCCAGCACAAGAUGUAGAAAUUGACGGUGUUGUAACCGAUUCCAGUUUGUCCAUAGACUGUCUUUUAAAAGCCGGCCUUGGAUAUUUUAAAAAUACUGAUAUUCCAACGGGUAAAAUACUCGACUGUCAACAACUGAAAUCUGUUUCAGUUGUAGAAGGGAAGAAAAUUUAUUCCCCUUCUGAUUCUUUUCGAGUUACUUUUGCGGGAGCUGCUUUACCUUCUCACAUCUCAAUUCACAAUGUUCUAAUACCUGUUCGUUUAUAUAUUCCGCGGGUCGUGAACUGCGUGAAUUGCAAACAAUUAGACCAAACAUCUUCCUACUGUUGUAAUUAAAGCCGAUGCCGUAAAUGUGGAGGAAAUCAUCUUGAUAAUACUUGCAAUCAAGUUAAUGAUAAAUGUUAUUACUGUGGUGAAAUUCAACUUGAACUUUCAAAAUGUUCUUCAUACACACAACACAAAAAUUAAAUAAAGCAAUCUCUUAAAGAUCGCUCUAAACGUAAUUAUUCUGAUCUUCUUAAGAAAACUACAGCACGCCCUCUUAUCUCAUCGAACAUAUAUGAUCUAUUAUCCUCUGAUGAGACUGAAUGUGACAUUCCUGUUGCUGGUCCAUCUUUUUCAAAUUCUGGUGGAUCUAGAAAAAGAAAAAAUCUUUCUUCUCACAAACUUCCUAAUAAAAGUCCUAAGAUAUCAUUAAAUAAUAAAGCUAACGUUCCCAAAUUUAAUCAUGCUAUUGAAAAUUUAAAUCAAACUCCUUCUGGAACAUUGAACUUAAAAUCAACAAAGGAGUUUUCAGCACUGUCAUCCAAAGUUUCAAUUAUUACAUCCAUACCUUCAGAUGACCAAACAAAAUCGGGAAUUUUGAAAUUUUCUACUGUUGUAAACUGGAUUUUUGAAUCAUUGAACAUACCGGAGCCUUUGAAUAAAUUUGUUACUUCAAUAAAACAUUUUUAAAGCAGCUUACAUCUCAAUGGCCCCUCAUUUCAAUGUUGAUAUCAUUCGAUGACUAACACAUCGUCUGCAACUAACGAUUUUAUUUCUGUGCUACAAUGGAAUUUUAAAAGUAUUCCGAAACUUUAUCUAUUCAAAAUUAUGAUUAAUAAUACAAAUUGCGAUGUAUUUUCUAUUUGUGAAACAUUGCUUACUUCUAAUAUUAAUCUUAACUUCAACAAUUACAAUAGCAUACGUUUAGAUCGAGAUAUUCCUUAUGGAGGUGUACUUUUGGGAAUUAAUAAAUGUUAUUCUUUUUAUAGAAUUAACUUACCUUCAAUUCAUGGCAUUGAAUCUGUGGCUUAUCAAAUUAAAUUACAUGACAAAGAUCUCUGCAUUGCUUCUGUAUAUAUCCCUCCUAGAGCACUAAUUAGACAACGAAUGCUCUCUGAUAUUGUCGAGAUUCUACCCACACCCCAUUUAAUAUUGAGAGAUUUUAACUCUCAUGGUGUAGCUUGGGGUUCAUCUUUCAAUGAUGAUAUAUAAUCUUUGUGCUAAUAUGCUAUUAUAUUAGCCCAAAAGAAAAAAUUACCCUGGUGUUUCAACUUAAAGGCGACCUCCUACUCCUUGGUGGGACAAAGAGUGCUCAAAAAUUCACUUGGAAAAAUCUAAUGCCUUUAAAGUUUUUCGGAGGAAAGGAAAAAUCGAAGACAUUGUACGAUACGCGAUGCUUGAAUCCAAAUUUAAAAAUUUGAUCAAAGCAAAAUAACGUGGUUUUUGGCGACGAUUCGUUACUUCGCUUUCAAUAGAAACAUCUAGGUAUAAGUUCUCUUUGGAAUACGGCUAGGAGAAUGAGAUAUCGAAUUGUAACUAAUGAACGCGAAGAAUAUUCGAACCAAUGGAUAUUAAAUUUUGCGAAAAAAGUAUGUCCAGACACUUUUCCCACACAAAAAAUUAUUCGUGAUGUGUUUCCACAACAAUCACCGAUGGAAUUACCUUUUUUCAAUUACCGAACUAUCUAUUGCUAUUUUUUCAUGCAAUAAUAAUGCACCUGGUUUAGAUAAAAAUAAAUUUGAUUUGUAAAAGAAUCUUUCUGACACUGCCAAAAGACUUUUGUUAGAUUUAUACAAUAAGUUUUUCGAGCUAAACGUCAUUCCUCUUGAUUGGAGAAGAGUGAAAAAUCCUGAAAAACCUGCUUCUAACCAUAAUUCAUAUCGUCCAAUUGCAAUGCUUUCAUGGAUUCGAAAAUUAUUUGGAAAAAUGAUUUUGUAUCGCUUAGACCAUUGCACAGUGGUCUAAACUCGAAAAAUCGUGAUCGAUAUCUUUACAACAGAUGAAAAUAUCAAACCAAUAUAUUCUACAAAAAUGCGAGUUUAAAAUGAGUUUAGCAGAAUAAACAAAAUCUUGAAACAUCUUGAAUUGUUUCGACGAUUAUUGAAAAAGAUAUAGACAAAAACUCAUUUUGAGGGGUGUUUUCCUUUCAUUCAGUACUCGGUUGGAUACAACUAGAACUCUUUUGAGUAAUGCAGUUGUUUUGACAAACUUUCAAAUGCAAACAGUUUGGUUUGCUACUAUCUGCAACCUUCGGAUAAAUAUGGACUCAAAAUAUUGCUAUUUUUAGCAAAAAACUAGAAAUAUCUUUACAAUAAAUAAAAAUAUCAAACCAAUAUAUUUUACAAAAAUAUGAGGUUUAGCAGAAUGAACAAAAUCUUAGAACAUCUUGAAUUGUUUCGACGAUUACAGAAAAAGUUAUGGACGAAAAACUAUUUUUGAGGAGUGUUCCUCGAAAAACUCUAUUUCGUCAUAUCAGACGUACUUCUAUCUGUACGUCUGGAACCUAUUAUCAGAAAAACAUAUGCAUUUUUCUCAUGGUAGUUUAUCAGCGUUUAAAAUUAGCUACAUGGGUCUUUCACAGGGUUCAUGUUUAAGUCCACUGCUAUAUAAUUUUUAUGUAAAUGUUAUUGAUGAUUGUUUAGUAAAUUCAUGCACUAUUGGACAGUUUGCAGAUGAUAGUGUAGUUUCUAGCACAGGUCCUAAAGCUUCCGAUUUACAAAGACAUUUUCAAGAUACAUUGAACAAUUUAUCUACUUGGGCCGUUCAAUUAGGUAUAGAAUUUUCGGUUGAGAAAACUGAGUUAAUAGUUUUUCUAGAAAACAUGAGUCACCUCAACUCCAUGCUAGUGGGUGAACCGAUUGCUCAAGUUUUAGUUUAUAAAUAUCUUGGUGUUUGGUUUGACUCAAAAUGCACUUGGAGAAGUCAUGUUCGAUAUUUAAUUCAAAAAUGCCAACAAAGAAUAAAUUUUUUACGCACAAUAACUGGAUCAUGGUGGGGAGCGCAUCCAGGAGAUCUUAUCAAACUACAGUUUUAUCAGUGAUUGAGUACGGAUGUUUUUGUUUCCGUUCUGCCGCAAAAACUCAUAUCAUAAAACUUGAACGAGUACAGUACCGUUGUUUGCGCAUUGCUUCAGGUUGUAUGUACUCAACUCAUACAAUGAGUUUAGAAGUAUUAGCGGGCGUUCUCCCAUUAAAAGAACGCUUCCGGAUUCUCAUUUCUCGUAUUCUUGUGAGAAGUGAAAUUUUAAAUCCAUUAAUAAUAAGUAAUUCUGGAAGACUUAUUGAACUUCAAUCUCAAACUUGUUCUAUGACUGUAUAUUUCGAUUACUUUUCUCAAAAUAUUAACCCUUAGCCUGUUAAAUCAUACGAUAUUUACUCAUUAGACAGUUUUGAUUCUGCCCUAUAUGUUGAUACAACUAUGUUAAACGAAAUCCGUAGUUCUCCUGAUGAACUACAUAUAUAGCAGAUUCCUAAUAUAUUUUGUGAUAAAUAUCAAAAUAUAAAUUGUAAUAACUCGUUCUAUACUGAUGGAUCUUUUCUCAAUGGAUCUACCGGUUUCGGGGCUUAUAACAAUAAUUCUGUCGCUUAUAAACUCGAAAGUCCUGCUUCUGUUAAUAUCGCAGAAUUGGCUGCUUUUCAAUGCACAUUAAGUGUUAUUGAAAACAUGCCUGUGGAUAAUUACUUCAUCUUCACGACAGCCUCAGUGCUAUUGAAGCUCUUCGUUCGAUAAAAAGUAUGAAGCAUUCUUCGUAUUUCUCAAAUAAAAUUCGUUGUCAUUUAAAUGCUUUAUCUUUAAUUUCGUCCCAGAUUACGUUAGUGUGGAUCCCUUCUCAUUCUUCAAUUGCGGGCAAUGAGAUGGCGGAUUCAUUGACUAAAAUGGGUACAAUACAUGGUGACUUUUAUGAAAGGCCUAUUGAAUUCCAUGAAUUUUUUGGUACUAUAUGUCAGCAGUCGCUAACUAACUGGCAAAACUCUUGGGAUAAUAGAGAUUUAGGAAGAUGGUAACAUUCUAUCAUUCCUGAAGUUUCUUUGCGAUCUUGGUUUAAAAAAAAAGUGAAGUAAGUCGGGAUUUCAUUUGUGUGAUAUCUCAGCUCAUGUCCAAUCAUUAUUGGUUCAAUGCUCACCUUCGUCGUAUAGGGCUCACAGAGGAUAACCUUGGCCUGUGGUGAGGGUUACCAUGAUAUUGAACAUGUUGUUAGGUCAUGUCCCUUGUAACGCAAAGCAAGAUUCAUUUUUGAAAAUUCUCUUAAAGCUCGGAAUAAACAACUAAAUAUUCCAGUUCGUGAUAUCUUAGCUAAUUUUGAUGUUCCCUACAUGUAUCUCCUGUAUUCCUUCCUUAAAUCCAUUGAUGUGCCUAUUUAGUACAUUUUUUGUUUUUGUUUUUGUUCAGAUUGUGUAUAUAUACUGAAAUAUACAUUAAGACGCACCAGAAUUUUUCUCGGACUGUAGAACUGCAAAAGAAUUCUUCAAGAUCAAUUAUAUAUCCUAGUUUUAAAUUUUGAUUUGUUAUAUAUCUAUAAUUGUAUUUUUUUGUUUGAAAAGAUAAGAGGGUUUUUAUGCCUAUUUGAGGAGGAAUAACCAUAUAAAUUCUACUCAAGCAGGCUUUUUCCUACUCCAACAGAAUUCACGGCCCCGCUAUGCUUUCUGCGUCUGGGCCUUCUAUUAUUACUGUUGAUAAGAAUAAAAAAAAAAAUAAACUAGAAAAAUAAAUAUUCGAACAGAUAAUGGAUCUGUUUGGAGCUCGAGAGAUAAACGUAAUCGCCAGAGUAUAAGGAAGUUAAGCUUUUGAUAUAAACCCAGAGCAGGAUCUCCGAUUGUGGUGGCGAGGUUUCUUUGCUGAAAACUCAUCGAUUAUGAAAUCAACACUCAAUUCCUUCAGUAUAUCGUAUUCGCAACUUCGAACUUCACAAUGCCAACUUUGACAGCCUUGCAUUCUUAAGAGUCGUACGCAACCUAUUUAAAACCAGUUCCAUAACCGAAACAGACGACGUUCGUUACGUUUGAAACCACUUGACUCUAAUAAAUACGCAAUGCAAUUGUUUUUUAUUUUAUCAUACAUUUUGCAAAUUUGUUGCUUAAAAUAAAAUUGGACAAAUGUGAUUAAAAGGAAAUAUUUUCUAGACUCUGCAACACUGCUUCGAAAGAGAGUAUUAUUGGGGACUGAAGAUAUUAGAAAUUAGUUUUUGCUUGAAAAAAGUUUAUUUUUUCUUGAUUUGCGGGGGCUCUUAACAUUUGGGACCUUUCCAAAAUUCGGUUCUGAUACACCUAGCAUUUAAAAAAAAAAGUGAAAUAUUGUCUUAUUCUAAUUUCGAGCUCAUGUUAGCCUUUUGAUACUUUAUUAUGUUUUCGUGCUCAGUAAUGACCUUUUAUCAUGAAAAUAUUAAAUAUAGAUGCACAAGGAAUGGCAAUCGUAUGGCAAGCGAAUGAAAGAUUGUGGUUCAUAAUUCAAUCCUCUCAAAUAUUUCUGCCCAAGCGCGCUACCAUUCCUCGCCCUUUGCCUCUCUCUAGCAGCUCCGGUUUUUAAAUCUUCCCAGUCGUUUUCCUUUUAUACUUCCUGAUUGAAAACAUGAUUAUCUUUAGUCAAAGCGCUUCGAAAGCAUUCAAAUGGACCAAGGAAAUGGCCGUUUAUUUUUGUCCCACUAACACAGUGUGUAUUCUUGUUGCCUGGAACCAGAUCAAAUGCCAAACAUUUCGCUUGUUUACUGAAAUGAACGAUCCACUUACUAAAAUAUUGUUAACAACGUGUCCAUUGCCACAUGUGCAGCGUUGAUUUUCGAGGUUCCAUGACGUCGUAUAACGUUUCCAACAGCACUAUUGUUCAAUUUACCCAACAUCAACAUCGUACUAAAAUCACACAUAAAUACUACAAGGUUUACAGCCUUAGGGUUGUAUGAAAUGGUGGCGUGGAACUAAAAAUUAUAAUAAGAGGGGUUUUUAGUUACAAAAGUUAAAAAGUCUGCACACAGAAUCAAUUCGUUUGUUCAGUGACUUAGUGUGUUGUACCAUGAUCGGACCAUUUUUUUAUAUGCGAGAUUUCUUAACUAUUGAAUAAAAUACUGUAUCAAAUUUGUACCCGCAUCAUCAAGAAACUUCUUCUGAUGAUGUUCAGAAGGUUUCAUUUAGAUUACUUAAGUAUUACUAUUAUUAAAAAAGUUUCAACAACUGGUCUAUUUUCGAGCACAAUCUGCCCUUACAAUUGUUACCAAGUCUUGUUUUCAAGCAGUGAUUUUAGAAUCGAAUAUUUAAAGAUUGCAGUAUAUUUUCCAGUAAUAUGCUUCUGUAACACUUAAAUUCCAUAUAGGAACACUUUUUAUAUGAAAUAUAAAUAUUGCUUUGAAGUUUGAAUUAUUGGUGAAACGCGAAAGCCUGUUUUGUAUCAUGAUCGGACCAGCCUGCUUCUGAGACAUCACCGUUUUACUUUGCUUAUGCUUGAUAUAUCCAAUAAAGGAUUUCACGAUUAAUUGAUUGAAACUGAAUAUAAAAGAUGAAGCUUAUGUUUUAUAGAACAAAACCUCUCUUAAACGACGUAAGGUUCGCAAACUUGAGCAAAACCAUUUGAAACUUUACUAUAAAUAUCCCACUAUGCUUCAAAUAGGGAAAAUAUAACUCAGUAUCAUCCUCAUUUAGGAAGCACUUUUUCUCGCGAAUUUUCGAACAGUUUACGAGAGAGUGAAAAAUUAAAAUAUAUGAAGAUUUAUAUGUGACGUUUUGCGUGGAUUUUUUUCACGAUUAUUUUGAACGGUAAAAUGAUUUCAGAAAGGUGAGAAAGGUUUAAAAAUUGAUUGAUUUGUGAUCUAAUGAUAAUAUGUAUAUCAAAGUUAUUUUUCAGUAACAAGACUCUCUUUGAGACUAACUACUUUUUGAGCUGCGGCAAAUGAAACGUAAGGCAAAAAACUAAUCUUUGAAUUUCGUUUAGCGAUAGGGCUAAAAAGUUUCGUCUCUCCGAAAAUGUCCUCAUACAAAAUUUCAACUCAAUCGAACUUAAGGAAGUAGUGUCUCAAAUUGACCGCUUCGAGUCUCACUUUUUCGACUGAUGACGAAAGGCACAGAUCAUGCAAUUGUCGAUAUGCAAAUUUUUGUUGAUACCAAAUACCUUAGACUUGCGUAAAACGCCGAGAUCUGGUGUUUUCUCGAAAAAAAAAAAAUUAUUGGAAAAACUUGACUUCUGGGACUGGGAAAUUUGUGUGCUAGGAAACUCAGGUGAGUCCGCGAAUGGAAUGUUCGCGUACAGGACUUCGUGUGUUUCAUUUCUAAGUGAUCACAGGUCCUGGUAGAGCUCAGCUAGCUCUACACGGUGGUGACAGCGGUGGAAUUUCUAUGGAAACGUCCGUGUAGAGCUAGCUAGAGCUCUACCAGGACCUGUGAUCACUUAGAAAUGAAACACACGAAGUCCUGUACGCGAACAUUCCAUUCGCGGAAUCACCUCCUUUGGAUGAUAGAUAAAGAUGAUUGAUUUUAUUGAGUUACAAUUUUGCUUAAAUAUUAACCUGUGUAACUCAGAGCGUAGAGACUCUUCUCCUCCGACCUGAGUUAUCGCCUAUCUAGCGGUUCUAUUCUAACCUAUAGUAUUUAUUACUCUGUUUCGUUUUCGAGUAGAAUUUUAGUACAUAUUAUUAUACCGCGGCGUUAUAGAGCGCGUGCAUCGGAGCACGACCGAGAGCGUAUAAUAUUUGUUCGCGCGCUACUUGUGAGUAUCCGAGAGCGCGCAAGCUCUCGGUACCGUGCGCAACCGUGAGCGCCUAAAGGGUAACCGUGAGUGACGCUGUGCCUCCGGCUUCUGUUUUGCUUAUAGUUAAAUUGAAAAGGUAAACAUUGUGUGGCUUGCUCGUUAGGAUAUUUAUAUUUCGUAAGCCACCGAUCGUUCGACGCUUUAUAACUAGGACGCGUGGUUAUUGAUUUUCAACGACUCAUAAUAAGGAUGUUUUGUUCUGUUCGGUUGAGUUUAUAAUACAGAAAAUGCCUUGAUGUCGUUCUGUUCAGCCAACAAUUCAUGAUAAGGAAUGCUCCAGAAUGCUAUGUUAUUGCAAGGUGUUUCCUGCGAGUUAAGUGAACUCUGUGGCAAGCUAAUGCUCUAGUUCAUGUUAAAAUUGUUUCGAUUCUCUACAGUAUUGAGUAAGCUCGGCAGCAAACUAUGGUUUCUAGCCUGAAUUCUGAUGCAUCGUGACGGAACUUUGGGUAAUCUUCGCGGGGUGUGACGUCACAUUCGUUUACACUUGGCGAUAUUGUGCAUGUAGUGAUUAUUUUGUGCAAUAAAAACAUUUAUUUAACAAGGCACAACCGUAUCGUUGUUGAUGAAGAAGCACCAAGAAUUUCUCGUAAUGCGUCUAAAUCAGAAUUGAUUCUAUAUCCUCAAAAACCAAAUUCAACAAUUCUUACGUUAUCAUAAUGAAUGGCUACGAAGCUCCCCUAGGUUGUGGUUUAUCCAUUAUCACAUACUCCACCGAAGAUACCAGAUCUCAAGGCACGAUAGCCAGCUAUUAAACGUCUGCAGAUACUUAGUCUUCGACGUAUUCAAUCCAACCUAUUCAGCUUCACGUUCCAGCUUGGUGUACUGUUUCAUAACACUCUUUUCUUUUUUUAUUCUUGCUUAUUUUUCGUCGGUCUAGUUCCGCCACUUUUGUUUGUGCCAAUCACCGAGGCCCGGGAAGGGACCAUAGCUUACGACCCGCUGAUUAACGAACCGGCGCCAACGGCUUUACUUCCUCAUGCGAUGGAAGGCGUGAUCCCAGAAAUUUCUCGCCUCAGAAAAUCUCCCGAAUUAAAUCUAGACCAGUUGGGUUGGUUGUGCGUGGAUCACGCCACCCCACAACCGCCGACACCUAUAUCGGCAUUGAGAUUCGAACCUAGGCGUCGACGAACAUGGUUGGCGGAGACGUUACCAACUACGCGAGGCCCCCGCCUUUUCAUAACACUUUUCUCACGCAAUGUUAAACAGAAAGAAAGAAGUUUCAAUCACUCCAGAUCAUGUUGUAACGAGUAACGGUUGCGGAAGUUGUUGACAACCGAGAGUAUUUGUCGCAUUUCAACCAUGAGUAGAGUGGUGAAAACCAACGUUACCAACCACGAUACACGGUGCUCCCACAGACCGUUAUUAUAAAAAAAAUGCACCAAAGAAUCUGAGUACACCAUUCGAUUCGUUAUGACGUCCAUAAUCUCUGGUCAAAAUUUUAAAAUCAUUGUACGGUACAUUUUUGAGUAAUGCCCUUUCGAAGGUCGUAAAGUACAAAAAAGUGAUAUUAAAACGACGAAAUACUCAAUGUAAACCACGUUUUUCAGCCACAGUUCAAUGAAACAACUUCCAAAACAGUUUCUACAGAUUCCAAGUAUUAUAUUUCAAGACAUUUACAAUUGGUGGAAAGAUCUAUUUGAAAAUCCCACAGUGCACAUUGGUCUAAAUUCGAAAAACCGUGAUUGUUCUAGAUUUGACUAUGAAAAAUUGAUUUUAUGUACUAAAUGUGUUCAGCAAAAUUGUUUCAUAUAUCAAGGCCUUAUUCGGCGUUUUUGGUUUUUCGAUCAAUCCACCUAACAGUUAGAUAAAAAAAAUAUGUUUUCUAAUUUUCAAUAUACCGGAAUGCUUUCUUCAGCAAAGUUGUGGAAAAUUUUAAAAUAAAAACAAUUGCUGAACACUACGAUGUCCUGUCUGUACGUUGAACACGAAAAAAUAGAGUUUUUUGUGGAACACCCCUCCUUGAAAUCAGUUUUUUAUCUAUAACUUCGUCUGUAAUGGUCAAAACAAUGCAAAAUGUUCUAAGAAUUUAUGCAUUCAACUGAGCUUCCCUCAAAACUAUGUAAAAUUUAUAUUUUGACAGUCACAGAAAAAAUUAUAGAGAAAAAAACUGAUUUUAAGGAGGGGUGUUCAACAAAAAACUCUAUUUUGUCGUGUUCAACGUACAGAUAGGACAUCGUAGUAUUCAGCAAUUGUUUUUCUUUUAGAAUUUUCCACAACUUUACUGAAAAAAGCAAUGCGGUAUAUUGAAAAUUAGAAAAAAUAUUUUUUGUAUCUAACUGUUAGGUGGACUAAUCGAAAAACCAAAAACGCCAAAAGUGAGACCUUCUCCUGUGAAACAAUUUUGCUGAAGACAUUCUGUACAUAAAAUCAAGUUUUCAUAGUCAAAUUUAGAACGAUCACGAUUUUUCGAAUUUAGACCACUGUGCACUGUGGGAUUUUCAAAUAAAUCUUUCCACCAAUUGUAAAUGUCUUGAAAUAUAAUACUUGGAAUGUGUAGAAACUAUUUGGAAGUUGUUUCAUAAAAUUGUGGCUGGAAAACGUGCUUUACAUUGAGUAUUUCGUCGUUUUAAUAUCACUUUUUUGUACUUUACGACCUUCGAAAGGACAUUACUCAAAAAAUGUACCGUACAAUGAUUUUGAAAUUUUGACCAGAGAUUCUGGACGUCAUAACGAAUCGAAUGGUGUACUCAGAUUCUUUGGUGCAUUUUUUUUUAUAAUAACGGUCUGUGGGAGCACCGUGCAAUAGGUUCUGACGUCGAUAUCUAAGAAGUGCCUCUCGUCAAUCUAAAUGUGGUCGAAUUGUGAUUCGAUCUGUUGUGGUUAAAUAGAUACUACCAUGCUUGUCAUUCUCCUUAGUGAGUGAAAGGAGAGGAGAAAAAAUUCACCGCGCACUUUCCUUCUAGUAUGUGCCUACGUGUAGCAAAUGCUUCCACCACACUGCUUCUUUCUCCACACCAAAGUGUCUCAACCAGCUUCCAGAGAGACAAACACCCUUCCAGCUCACCCCACAUCUGAUAGAAACAAGAAGGGUGAACCACUCUACAGAGCAAAACGCAGAAGUACACAACAGUGUCCACUGGCUAGUAGUCCGGAAUGUGAAAAAAAAACCUACAGGGCAAAAGUGUAGUCCUCGUGUAGCUACACUGCGAAAACGAAUUCCACCAGAGUAAAUUCGACCGGCACGAGCGGUACGAGCAACGCAUUCUAUUUUUUUUCUACCAAUUUUUUUUCACUUCUGCCGUGCUCAAGAAACCAACUGUGGAACGCACCGCAGAUAGCUCUGCAGUGUAAUUGUUAUGCGUGAUGUCCACACGUGGAAAAAGUACACCAUAGUUCAUUGUCGCGCGAGAGAGAGAUCAUCAGAUUUCACCGCAGUGAUUUCAGGAAGCUCAGCAGAUAAAAAUUGUUUGUCGCUCUCUUCUAGCAAGAGCGUUGAUUUGCUCUUUAGUGUGAGAGCAGUUGUUUUCGCAGUGAAAGAUGUUCUCCUGCACUUUAUAGGUUUUCUAAGGAGAGAAGACAAGCAUGGAUACUACGUAGGGCCAUGUUCUAGAAGGAGUCGAACGUCGUUUUUGAGCGUGAAUUCCGUAAAUACCGUAAAUAUGUAAAUACGUAAAUCUCCUAUAACGCCGCCAUUUCAUGGACAGUUCUCGUAUGUACACUCCAGCCACGCGUUCAAGGCGUCCUUAUCAUCAUAGCUGCUUCCUAAAUGAGGACUCUGCUCGUUGCUAACGGCCUCUAAUCAGCAACUUGCCCAUUCUGUUGGUCGUCAUCUAAUGGAACGCUGCUGUAUUUCGUGCGAGUUGCCGCAGCUCUGAUGAAUAUUGUAACCAUAUUUUUAUGUAUGUACCAGCAUACCGCUUGCCGGACUACAAUGUCGAACUCACGAACUCUCAAUAAGAAUGCGGAUAUAUGUCAAUUCAGUCAGAAUUCUUGUGAUUCUGAAGCAGAUUGGCUGGAUAAGAUAUCUCCCGAUAACAGUUUUCUGAAAUUUCGCAAAAAUCGCGUUAAUCUGAUGAGUGGCCCACUAUAAGAAAGGGGUUGAUCACAAUCUGCUAGUAAUCAAGAAUGUGACAUGAAUUUCUUAUUGACCGUCUUAGUAGAAUGAAAUUGAAUAUUAAAAAAGAUUAUGUUUCCAUUCAAUUCUACAAGUAGAAAUCAAUGGAAACGUAACCUCUUUUCAGUAAUCAAGAAUGAGUAUUUUUCCGCUCAUACACGGAGUUUCCUAUCUAUUCUCUCCAUCAUAUCGAUCCAAUAACGCAUCAAAAUAUUCGUCCAUCUUUUUGGUAGAAGGCUAUUUUUUAACCUUCAAUGUGUGUCCCAAAAUACGGAAGCCAUGACCAGCCGUCGCAUCUCUCCACAAUUGAUGGCCUUUUUGACUAGAGCGUGUAGCGAGGCAUCUAAACAUCAACCAACAAUAAAUCAAGCACGCACCUACUACUUAUAUAAAAGUUUUUUUUUCAUCCUCAAGUUUUCAUAAAUAAUUUUAAGGUAUAAUAACAUCAGGUAUUUCUUGUAAUCUUACUAUACAAUUUGGCACAAUCGAACGGAUUCAGUCAGUACUUUACUUAUGUUUAUUGGCGUUUACCCUGGACGUUCUUCUUAAAGCUUUGCAAAAUUAUUCCGCUCAUCAGUAAAACCGUAAUCAACUGCACCGAUCAAUAAAAGUUUUGCCUUGGGGACCAAAUUUUGACGCGUUGAAAUAUCUCACUUUCUUACAUCUUCUGGUGUUUAUGAGGAAAUUGUAAAUGGCGACGUUCUUAUCAAAAAUUUAAUGGUUCCUGUGGUCAAAAUUUUUCAAAUUUUAUUGAUCAACAUGUUCUUGAAAAGAAGUACUGAAAAGAGCGAUAGAAUCGACAAAAGAAUACUCUCGAAAAUAACGCAUAACCGGCGGAAAGCGCAAACAUUUGGCGGUUACGCGCUACGAGCGCAAACAGAAGGGUUUACUAUGUGUAGUUUCGUACGAUUACGGCAACAAUGCCGGCAUGCAGUGCAAACCGCAGAUGAUCUAGAUAAUUUAAAACCAAUUCUAGCGUAAGAGUUAGAAUUAGUGAUAAAAAUGACAUAGUCUAUAGAGCUGAGAGCAGAAGAUUACAUACAAUGUUGGUGUAAGUUUUUCGGAAUAUAUGAUGACAAAGAUACAGCAUUAUAGGAAAUCAAAAUUGUAAAAACUACUGUUAAAAUCUUUAUUUGAAUAAUUAAGUUUUAAAUAUUUGUAGCUUCGAAUGAUCUCACUAUAGAAUGGGGAAGAAACUCAAAACGUUUUCUGUUACUAGAAAGAUGUACAUAAUUAAACAGGCAGAUCAAACCAGUGAUGGAAUAUUGCAAACUAUUGUCAUUAGACUUUCGUAAGAGAAAAAUUAAACAGCUAGCAGAAUUCAACGAAAAUUAAAUCAACUGUUAUAAUUUGAUAUGUAACCAGCAUGGACUAAUCAUAGAGAAUGAUACGUUCUGGAUGAAUGCAAUAACAUUUGUGUUGAAUCAUAAAUAGGGUGGACAGGAAUCGUCCCCACUGUAGUGACUAUUUUAUUAUUUUCACAUCAAUUUCAGAGCACAGGCAACGACACGUACGAUUGGACCCAAUUAUCACCACCUACAGCAAUAUGUUCUAGUUAAUUGAAUUCUGCAUCGUUCUAGUGCAACAUGCGUUGCAACCGAUGACACAUAUUUAUAGACACUGAGUGUGACAUAAUGGUGCUAACGAAGCUUUUAACAAGAAAAAAAUAGCAUUGCUGCCACUCAACUUUUCUGUAUUUGUUUGAUUCUUCAUUAAAAUUAUGAUAAAAUCUUUUUCUCCUAAAACAAUCUUUGCAUGCGCAAAUAUUACAGGGAUCUGAAGCAUGGCGACAUGUGUAUUCGAUUAUCAUCACAUUCUUUAAAUGAUAUUCAAUUCGCUGAAAUUAGGUUAAGCUAUUGAUAUUUGAUUAACUGAUUAUACACUCGGUCGACAAAUUAAAUUUCAAACAAUUAAACAUGAUUUAUAGUGUUCAUUAACUGGCAUUUAUUCCUCGGGUAAGAUAAUAACAAUAUUUUUUGACUGAUGGCCAAAUGGUUUUCCGUCUACAACCAAACAGAAAACUCGACACCAAAACUCAUCAAAUAUGUACCGCAAAUGUUAUCGCAGGAUCUGUGCAAACAAUUUCAUUAUCAUACGGAUGGUCAUUAUUUGCACUAGGGACGAUUCCGCCAUGCCGAUUCCACACUCUGCGAAAUGUGUGAGUAUUAUAAUUGCAGCGUGAUCCAAUCCGAUAUGUCGCGGAACUAACGAUAUAAAUCGAACGAUAAUCUCCAACAGUCACAAUAAUGUUUUAAAUGCAGUGUAAGCAGUUUUCAGCGGAGAGAGAGAGAGAAAGAGAGAGAGAAAAUAAAAACAAGAAAUAUAAUCCACACGCAAAUUCACUCGCACACAAACGAACACUCGGCACAUUCUGAAAUUGUGCAGAAUACACACAAACACGUUUUGCAGAGAAAAACUUGAACAAAAAAUCAACAAACUCAAACCAUCUAUGUAUAUAGUUAAACAACCGAAAGUAACAGAAUUGUAAAUAUAUCGUGUAAUAAAACAAUUGCAGAUAAAUACAUAUAUAGAACUUCAGUUGAACAUCA